AUGACCACGAGGUACCGGUGGUCAGCUUCAGCUUGGAUGCUCCAUCCGAUGGUCAUGUAUGAUAAGACCGAUGACGCGAAAACGCUGCCUCAAGCUGUGAACUGCAAAGCCUGCUGCCAGCAGUCCAACAUCAACCGCCGCCGCCGAACUUCAACAGCUCUCCGUAAUGCGUCGACUGCUAUGUAG